GUGUGUCAAACAUAUUUUGAUAAGUACCUGUUUGCAGUUUGCGGAAGCAAGUGAGAGUAAUUGGACACCUAUGCUGUUGCUGGGAGUUCCUGCUCAGGCUCGGGGGAUGGGUGAAGGGGGAGGUUGGCAGCCUGCAUUCCAUUUGAAACCUGGAGGGCUUUUUCAAGCAGCACAGAGUUCUCCUGUACACUCGCAAAUGCCAGAUUUGAAAAAAACUAAUUCUGAGGCAGGAAUCAGCUCCUAACUUCAGACAGGGUGCAUUGUCCGAGAGACCAAGAACUGGAAAGUUCCUGACUGGCUGACUCACAGAACGGGCAGGAAAGUCUCGUUUUCAAGUUUUUUUUUUCCUAUUUCUUUCCGCUGUGAUCUCUUCCUGUAGCACUGUAAAUCCUUCUUUUUUUUCAGAGAGAUUAUUCACCGGCAUUUUUUUUUUCUUGUGGAUCUUUACUCGUGCUAAUGCAUAAGAAGAAUUCUACCACAGUAUUGCAGGCUUGACUACCUGAAUAACACAUUUCUGAAUAACUGGAUACGACGAGUAAGGAGCUGUGUUUGGAAAGGGACAUACUUUAAAGACUUGGAGAGGACAUGGUAGUUUGUUUCUUGAAGGAUUACAGAGACUAACUGCUUUUAUUGGAGCAGGGCUGGACAGAGAAUAAUGAAGACCAUUAAAUCGAUACCGACAAAGGGCUCUUGUUGGAAAGACCACAUGAAAUUGGAGCAGUAGCAGGUCUAAGUGCUGUAAAUGCGGAGAUUUUCAGGUGUGUUGAGCACACAUACAGUGCUGGAUUUGUUUUGGACAAAUGCAUAGACAUUGGUUUCUCCUGUUUUACUACAGUUUUCAAAGUCCAAUGGAUAAAGCCUAUACAAGAAAAAUAUACAAGAGACUGUAACAAAGGUAUAAAAGAGUGUAAACAAAUAUUAUUUUAUUUAACUGCUACAAGUAGUCUUCUGUAAAUCUUAUAAAAAUGGACACCGUAAAUAAUAACCCUGAUGAUCCAGGAAACCAAAGUGCUGCACCAAAGUUCGGAGCAAACUCUUUUUCUUUUUUCAGUAAGAUUUCCACAAUGUUUGCACGUGUUGGACCUGAACAAUCAGAAGCCCAGUCUGAGGAGGAUGAUAAAGCUGUGCUGAUGUCUUUCCAACAGUUUCCCGAAAACGCAAAGAACAAUGUAAAAGAUUGUCCCGCAAAUAUAAGUACAAAUGGGGAUGACAGUCAGAUCACAGGUAAAAAUACAACUGAUAAUAGUAAAACUCUAACAAAAGAGGAUAUUGAGUCUGAAAGUGACUCCAAAAAGUGUUUUUCUGUUGUGCAGCCACACAGUUUCCCAGCACCUGAGGAAAAUACUUUUGAUGAUGUUAAGGACAUUGACCUUGUUCAGGUAACUCUGGUCGAGACAUACAGUGACACAGAGACAGAGGAUGAGGAAAAAGUUUCAGAUAAUUCCUUAGAGGAGGCAGUCCCCUCUAAUGAAGAGAAAAAUGGAAAAAUAGCUUGUCUCAACACAAGAAAACCACUGGACUUGGCUAGUACUGAAAGUGAUGUAAUUGACCUGGAUAUAAAGCUGCCUGCAUCGCAAGCACAGGGAUUACAAGGAAAAUCCUUGGGAGGUACUGCCUUUCUCCAGAUUAUAAAACCAGAGAAGCCUGACAUUGAACAUUCUGGCAUUAUAAACCAUGAUGUGCCUAAAAAUGACUGCAGUACAGAUGUGGCUAAAAAAAUCAGCAAUCCAGAUGUGCCUAUAUAUACCACUGGCCCGGAGGCUACUGCUGACAUCACUAUUCCAGAUGUGCUCUGUGAUACCAGCCUCCAAGAUUUUCCCAAAGAUGCCACCAACCAAGAUGUGAUUUCCAGUUCUGAUAUUGCAACAAAUGUCAGGUCAGAUGUACCUAAAGAAAUGACUAAGUCAGAUGUGCCUUCAGGCUUCAAAGAACCUAAUACCUCUGUAACAGUCUCUCAACUAGAUGUGUUUACUGAUUCCAAAACAUUAGAGGGUGACAGAGCAGUAACAGAAGACAUUGCAAAAUUGGCCGAACAGUUAGAGGAUCCCAUUGUUGUGCCUGAAGCUGUAGAGCCAGAUGAAGAACAGAAGGACAGUGUGAAGCAAAAUGCUUCCAGUGGUACAGUGGAAUUAGAAUUGUCAUAUACAGUUGCAAACAGAGAUGACCUUUCUGAUACAUCUGGGACAGUUGUUUCUAUAGAGUACAAAGAGUCAGGUGAAGACACGGUUACUAAACGAGCACAAUGUUUAACUGACACCUUCAAACCAGAAUUAGAUGCCGAUGCUGCUACUGCUAAUAAUUCCCCAAAAGAACCCACGGAAUCAUCUGAUAUCAGAAAGGAAGAGCUUCCACCCUUUCAUAAAGCAGCCUUAUCUGAAGGAGAUGCUGCAGCCAAUACCCAACAAACAGUUGUGCCUUCUCAAUCCAAAAACCAGGAUGGGCCUGCCAGCAGUAAAAAGCCAGAUAGUCCUACUUGUACAAGUUUCCCCACAAAAAGCAGCGCACCAGUGGAAAAGGUCUUUCAGCUGCCUGCCCUGUUUAGUGGGCUGAAGGUACUGAAAAAGGGAGCUGUUGGGGAAGAAAGGGAAACGGUCUCUGAGAUCAAACACAAAGACACUGAUCUGGCCAUGCUCAAUCUGAAGAAACCUGUCAACAAAGCUAGACUCGUCCCAGAGCCACUGCCAAAGAAACGGGAGCCAAAAGGUGUGGCUGAGCCAAAAAGCAACUUUUUAGAGCAUCUUACCCAGCUGUUAAACCUGGAUGCUCCAAAAACUGAAGAAAAGAAGGAUAUGCCUACAGAACCUGGUGAAUGUAAGGGUUCAGAUGCAAAAGCUACUGAGAAAGCAGAGGAAAUUAAACACACCAUUCCUCCUGAAGAAAGCAAAGUAACUAGUGCUGAGGCAGCUUUUGAUGCUUUCAAAGCAUUCUUCACACCCAAGCCUAUGAAAAGGGAUGUAGUAGAUGCUAUGGACCUGGAUGCAGUGAAGAGAAAAAUAAAAAAUGACAAAGAAGUACUUAAAUCUAUAUUUGAGAGAUCUUCUUCCAGACCUGGAACUUCUGAGAAUAAAAGCCCAGUUGAUAUUAAAGGAUCCGAGGUUACAUCACCUACAGACGGUGAAGACAGGACUCCCGGGCGACUGCAGGCCAUCUGGCCUCCACCGAAACCGAAGGAUGAAGAGGAAAAAGUUGGUUUAAAGUACACAGAAGCAGAACAUCAGGCAGCUCUUCUACAACUGAAGAGAGAAAGCAAAGAAGACAUAGAGAAGAUAAAUGCAGAGUUUGAAAUCCAGAUCUUUCAAAUACGGGGAGAACAUGCUGAGUCUGUUGCAAAGCUUGAAGAGGUCAUCGCGAAGCUCAAAAAAGACCUAGAAAACAGUGGCUGCCGAGAAGGGAUUGAGCUCAGAGAGGCCUCUGUGUCUACUGAAGACGAUCUGCCCCCAAAAACCUUCCGCAAUGUGUGCAUCCAGACAGACAGAGAAACCUUCAUCAGGACUCCUGAAGAAGACAACAGAAUUGCCCACAGCAACCAAAAUGUGCCUAAAAAACUUGACAUUGAGUCCAUAAACCUGAGCUUUACGGGAAAAACGGAGCAUGUCCCAGGAUCAGCUCCACCCCCUGCUCCUCCUCUCCCUCAUGGACAAUCAGGACCACAGCCUCCCCCUCCCCCUCCCCCUCCCCCUCCACUGCCUGGUUCUGUGGCCCCACCUCCACCUCCACCCCCUCCUCUGCCAGGGGCAGGACCCCCUCCUCCCCCUCCUCUGCCAGGGGCAGGCCCUCCUCCUCCCCCUCCUCUGCCAGGGGCCGGACCCCCUCCUCCCCCUCCUUUCCCCGGAGGCUUUGCUUUUCAAGUGAAUGAAAAGGCACCCCGGAAACCAACACUGGAGCCAACAUGCCCUAUGAAGCCCCUCUACUGGACAAGGAUUCAAAUCCAAGAGAGCAAAGAUAACACAUUAUGGGGCUCCUUGGAAGAACCAAAUAUCAUGGACACAAAAGAGUUUGAGGAUUUGUUCUCCAAAGCCAGUCUGCAGCCCAAGAAAAAGCCAUUGUCAGACUCUUACGAGAAAAAGGCAAAGGCAAAAAAGAUUAUUAAACUAUUGGAUGGCAAACGUUCUCAAGCUGUGGGAAUCCUCAUAUCAAGUUUGCACCUGGAAAUGAAGGACAUUCAGCACGCUGUUUUAACUGUGGACAACUCUGUUGUGGACUUGGAAAACAUUGAGGCUUUAUAUGAAAAUAGAGCCCAAAGUGAUGAACUGGAGAAAAUUAAGAAACAUUACGAAACAUCGAAAGAGGAUGAAGUGAAGUUGCUUGAUAAACCUGAACAGUUCCUGUAUGAGCUGUCUCAGAUUCCCGACUUUGCAGGGCGCGCUCACUGCAUCAUAUUUCAGUCAGUAUUCUUUGAGGGGGUGUCUUCUGUACGUCGUAAAGUAGAGAUUGUCUCACGUGUUGUCAAGGGGCUGCUGGAGCCAAGCACUGUGAAAGAUGUCCUAGGUCUGGUCUUGGCUUUUGGUAAUUACAUGAAUGGUGGGAAUCGGACAAGAGGGCAGGCUGAUGGCUUUGGGCUGGAGAUUUUACCAAAGCUGAAAGAUGUGAAGAGCAGGGACAACCACAUCAGUUUGGUAGAUUAUGUGGUCACAUACUAUCUACGGUAUAUGGACAAGAACGCAGGAACUGACAAGAGUAUCUUUCCACUGCCAGAGCCCCAGGACCUGUUUCUAGCUGCUCAAGUCAAAUUUGAUGAUCUCACAAAAGACCUCAGGAAGCUGAAAAAAGAACUGACUGCUUGUGAAAAGGAGAUCCAGAAGGUGUGCCGAAACUCCUCAGAGGAGCAUCUCCAGCCAUUUAAGGAGAAAAUGGAGGCAUUCAUUUCUGUUGCUCAAAAAGAUUACACUUCGGUGGAGGAGCAACAAGAAACAGCCCAAAAAAGCUUUGAAGACAUGGUGGAAUAUUUCAGUCUGAAGCCAAAGUCCGGGGAGAAGGAGGUUCUGCCUAACUACAUUUUCAUGCUGUGGUAUGAGUUCUGCAAUGACUUUAAGAACGCUUGGAAACGAGAAAGCAAAAACAUCUCUAAGGAGCGGCUCAAAGAAGCCCAGCAGUGCAUCAAUAAGAUAACUGCAGAGAAGAAGGUGGAAACCAAGAAGAUCAAUCCCAACAGUCUGAAAGAACGGUUACGUCAGAAGGAAGCAAGUGUAUCCACCACCUGAAAGAAGCAGCGAGCAGGCUGAGGAGACUGAGAGACUGAAAGGACUGCCCCACUGUGCAGUGUCCGUCGCCUGAUCUGUUCCUGCUGCUAUCUCGACCUGUCUGUUUAUUGGGUACCUGAGCUGACAGCACUGUGAUCCCUUGGAGAUGCCAGUUCCACCACCUGCCAGCUUACAGGACAUCAGGAAAACUGUUGGAAAAGGACAGACUGGGGAAAGGAUAACUUGCCAGAGCUAUCCCUCAUGUGGGCAUAUCAGAUGGGGGUUGGGGUUUUCUGUAAUAUGUAACAAAGCCAAAAUCUAUAGCAAAGGCCUUUGGAUAAAGAAUCCAAGUGAGCAGUCAAACUCCAGCAGUCAAAAAUCUCAGAUAUAAACAAGUUUAAGUCUGUGUAGAGUGAUACACUGGAACUACUGGAAGAACUGGAACAAACACAUCAGAGUAACCUGAAUUGUGGGUUCAUGUUGCUCUGCAGAUUCAAUCAUGAUCAACGUAUAUCUAAAGCUCUGAAAGCUUGUAUAAAAAUAACACUAGGGAAAUGGACAUAUUUUAUUGAAAAGCAAAUCCAUACUGAUAAAACUUCUCUUAAUAGGUUGUAGCUUCGGUGCACAGUUGUUGCAUAUUAUUAUUUUUUGGCCAUGACAAAUAGAUGCCACAUGAUACAGAUAAAUACAGAUUAAAUACAGAUAAAUGAAGAGCCGUAUCAUUGAUGUGUGCAGUACAUUUAGGAUAGGUUACUAAAUUAAAUUCCUUGAAGUUUGUAAAAUUUUCAGUUGUAGCCUUCAUCUUUAAAAAAUCCCCAGUCCUAUCUGUUUUGAUUAUUUCUUGGGGGUGAAAGUGCAUGCUGAGAAAGUUUCUAAUUUGAAAGGUAUAUUUUAUAAAGACAGAAACUUGAAAAUUUGGUAAAUGGAUAAGAUAAGAUCAGAUCACUUUAUUAGCCACACAAUUUCUUGCAUUAGGAAUUUGUCUUUUCGCAUACCCCAGCUUGUUCUUCAUGAGACACACAGAUAGGGAGAGAGAAGCUUAAAUAAAUACACAACAUUUUAAUCGAUGAUCUUUGUUAAAGACAGGGGGAAGCUCAAUAUUGGUAUUUGUGCCUUUGAGAGUUGAAGAGAGGAACCUGAUUGCAGUCAAUUCUGAAUGAGUUACAGUAACCCCUACUGGGCAGGUUUUGGGUGGUUACCAGGGUUGUGCUUUGCUUUCUAUAGCACAAUGGAUGGAUAAAACUCAAUAAUUACAUUUUUCCAGGAGAAAACUGAAGUCUACUCUUCUGACUCUUUCAGUCUGGUGUCAGUUGUAGCCAUAUGCUGAGGUUUGAGAUGGAUUUUCAGAACUAAGGAACCAAUUGAAGAAAAUUAUAUUUGCAAUAACACAGAAAAAGCCAUCAUGGUGUAAAAACAUUUGUUCUAUAUUAAUAUACCUUAUUAUUCAAUAGUUCCCUUCAAGUAACAGAUAUAAUUAUAUUGCACGUUUGGCCAAUGUUUAAAAUUUCUAUGCAAUAGUUUUUCUGAAAUCCAAUACAGUAUAUCUCCCAUAUUUAUACUAACAGUUACACAUUACAGUGAUUAAUGUGCCAUUAUGCAGUUAAAUUGACCAUUUACAUUUUUUUUCAAAAGCUAAAAAAUAUAUUUGUUUAACAGAAUAUUUGUAUUUUAACAAUAAAGGAUUUGAACUUUUAGCUUUAUGUUUCGGAGACAAGGUCUACUAAAGAAAUAUAGUCCUAUAGUAAUAGGGAUUCAGAUAUAUUUGUAUAUAUAAAAACAUUUAUUUUAUGCCUAAAUAUCUAUUGUUUGAUCUUUGCAGAUAUAUUUUUGUAUAUAAUUUCAGCCCAAGUGUGAGAAUGCUAUUUAGACAGUUCAUUCAGGUUUAUCAGAGAGACGUUUUUUUUUUUUUCAUUAGUGCAAAAUAAAUGUAAAUUAAAAAAAAAAUUCAAUUUAAGGAUUACAAGAGAGAGCCGCAUACUUCACCCCCAGAAAAGUCCGUCUAUACAUGUUGUACUUGCAUAGAAGAGUUUCAGUGUAAUGUGUACAUAUCGGUUUAUAUAAACUCGUGUUAUCUGUUGAAGAGUAAAAUACCUAAAAGAACGUUCCUUUUAUUUAGAUUUGAAAGGUUUGGUCAUUUUGAGAAAUUAUACAUAAAGAAGCAUGCCAGACUAUCAGAAACAGUACUUGUUAAGUAAAACUUUUUUUAACACUAGAAAUAUUCAGAAAUGUCAUUCACAACAUACAGUGAGUGUGAAUUCAGUACAAUUCUUUGGUCCAUGCAGAAAUGUGUACUACUUACACUGUUGAAAGGAACGUAAAAAAUUUAAAGUCCUGAAUAAUUAAUAAUAUGAAAAUGUCUUUAAUGGUCUACUGUUUGUAAUAUUCAAUAGCUUGAAGGACUGUGAUAUUUUUUCAAAGCAGCUAGAGUAAGAUUUUCUUAUAGGGGGAAAAUGAAAGAUCUGUUUUGUCUAUAUGUAUGUUAAAAACAUCUUUGACAGAAAUCGGUGAAGAAUUUUGUCCUAAUUUAAUUUUCCUAAUUAAAAAUCAGUCUUCCAUGUGAAAGCAAGUGCAGGAGCAGGCGGUGUCAGAGUAAGCUGUAAAGGAGAUGGUGAUCUAAAGACAUUGCCUUGAACUUGGUAUAUUUCCUUUACUCAUAGAGUUGAUCAACUUCAAGAAAAUAUAAAAAAAAAUAAUGAUUUUAUCAUGCUAAUCAUUAUAAGUGGAAUAAAAAAGCAUAAGUGGAAUUUGAAGGUAUGACAUAUUUCAUUUGAGAAAUUAGAACACUUAAUUGAAUACAAUUCCGAAGCGUAAUGUACAGUACACCUUCUUUUUCCCAAGGUAAUAUUUAUUUGUUAAGGGUUUAUAAAAAGAGUCACAAAACUAGAUCAUGGAAAUGAAGUCCCAGUUUAACAUUAAAUAUUGCAGUCAUUUGAAGAUUUUUUUAAUUUAUGUGAGAUAAGUGUUAAAGCUGAGAUAAAACAUGUGAAACUCUUUGAGCAUCAGACCAAUGUCUGAAUGAUCUGUAAUUACAAUGGAUGAGCAUUUUCCGUUGUUGUCAUUCAUUCCACUUCUCAUGACCUGGACAAGAUCUGGAGUUUUCUUUUGUCCAUUUAUAUUUUUUUUUGUCUAGUUAUUAAAUUAAUGAUUUUUUGUGCUAAUAUAUUAGUCAACAAAACUGUAGGGGAAGAAUGUAUCCUUAUGACUCAAAUAAAAUGGAAAAUUUAAAGAGAACCUUUUUUUUUUCUUUUUUUGCACUUUAAAAUAAAACACGGUUCAUCUUAUUCAUAUAAGCUGAUGAGAAAGGAAAGGGUUUAAGAUGAAACAUUAAAAAUAACAUAGACAUGUCUAUGGGUUUCCUUAUUAUUUUCAAUUUUCAGUUUUUAAGUACUUGGAGAAAACAGCCAAUUGAUAGUGCGGACAGUUUUAAUAUGGUAUCAGCCCUGUAAAAAUGUCAUUUUAGUUUAAUGAAACAAAUUUUAAAGAAUAUGUAUUUUAUUUAUAACUGGCCACAAGCAACACAGCCCCUAUAUUUGCAUUUUCAUUGCACCAUUUUGUUAACUCAUGCAUUGCACAAGAAAUGAUUUACAUGUUUCUAUUUUUAGUGUUGUAUUCCAACUAAAGGGACAUCUUAGAAGGUCCUGAAAAUACACUCAGAUGCAAAAUACAUAUCUCAAGCAAACUGUUUGCUUGCAUUUUUCCUUUAAUGUAUUAGAAAAUGCCAAAUGCAAGAGGGCAUUUUAUUCUAGAUAAAAAAGAGAGAUUUGCUCAUUUGUUCAACAGAAGCAAACAUAAUUCCUUCUUUUGAGAGUUUUCAGUAUCCCCAAUUCUGCAAUAACAAUACUAAAUCUGAUGUGGAACCUCAAAGGAAACAGUAGACUGGGUUUAUUCCUUAUCUUAUGGUUAUUGACAUCUUUUGUAAACAAGUCUUUGACCUGGGUCAAUCAGUGUCCACCAUGAUCUCAACCAAAAGUGUGCAAAGGACAGAACAUAGACAAACAAAGAUGUUACACAUGGAUCAUAGAAAUGUCUUUCAAUAAAUCUGGAGAGUAAGAAUGUAGUUUGGCAACAUUAUUUGGUGAUGGCUAACACCAACAUGUGUCACUACAACAUGUGUCACUACUGUACCAUAUUAUCCUACCACAACCACAAAAUAUUAUAAGUCCACAACCAGAGUAAUUUUGAUGUGUUUAAAAAAUCUCAUAAAAUCUUAAAUAUUAUUUGCAUGUUUUGCCAUUUCUAAAGGAGAUGCAGAAUUCUUGAGGUAUUUAAUUAUGGACCAAUACAAUCAAUUAACUGAGCUCGACUUUGUCACAGUUGUAUCCUGUCAGUUGAUAAUACUAAUGAAUGCUAGUGACUCUGGAUACGUAACUUAUUGAUGCACUAACAACUUUACGUUUUAAAUGUUCCUGCCAGCUACAUAUUCUAUGUGUUCUUUCUUUUACUCGGGUUGUUGUUUGUAGUGUAAGUAAAAUAUGGAAAUGUGUACUAAUUGUGUAAUAUUUUUAUUAUGCCUCUCUCACAA